AUGAGUCCAUUUGCUGAAUGCACAUUAAAAAAGAGUUUGGGGCAAAUCGAUUCAUAUGAUCCAGAUCCACCGGUGACAGAUGGGGCAAGUAUUUUUGUAGGGGAUAACAAUAUGCUUGUAAAAAUGCUUACACAAAUUUUGGCAAAUCAGGAGGAGUUGCAACAAGAAAUGAAGGAGUCUCUGGAGCAAAUAUGUGAAGACACAAAAGAGUCUCACAAGCAGCUCCGUGACGACACCAAUGAGUCUCUUAGGCAACUUCAGGAAGACACCAAAGAGUCUCUGAAGCGCAACUCCAAGGAGCACUUUAAAACUCCCAACAGCUCAUCCUCUUCACAGAGGCCAGUUGUUGCUGCAUCAUCUUCUUCCAAGAAUUCAUUACCCAG